UAUCUUUCUUUCAGUCAAGUUUCCAACCUCUCUCUCUCCCCCAAUAUUGCUAGGAUGGACCGGGUGAUGGGAUUGGCGGGCCAGAACGCGUUGGUGAUCUUCAGCAACAGCUCAUGUUGCAUGUGCCACUCCAUCAAAAGGCUCUUCGGUGAGCUUGGUGCCCAUGCAACUGUUUAUGAGCUGGACCAGGACUCCAGGGGAAAAGAAACAGAGAAGGCAUUGGUCAGGCUACUAGGUCGUAGCUCACCUCUACCAGCUGUGUUCAUUGGCGGUAAGCUGGUAGGUUCUUCCAACGAGGUGAUGUCUCUUCACCUCAAGGCCGACCCCACUCGAGCAAGCAAGAGCCAUCUGAUAAUGCUGCUCAAAGAAGCAAGAGCCAUCUGGCUCUAGUGCAACUCAAAUUCUGCUAUGAAAUUGCAAAAAAGAAUCAGUCACACAGACAUAUAAGAUAGAGUUUCUCCUGCAUUUCUUGAGACAUCACGCCUUAUGAACGUUUUAAGUCUUAGUUAUGUAUUAAAGUUAUAUAUGGAGUCUUAAGUUAAUGGUAAUUUAAAAUACCAUUCGUUAGGGUUUUGGUGAAGAGCGUGGUGUAUUGAUGAGGAGAAAUGUUUCUUUGAAAUUAAGUUAAGUGGGUGUUUUGAAUCUGAAAUAUAAUAUCUUCUA